AUGUCUGCCUUGGAAAAACAGCUCCAGUUGGGUCGAUUGCCCCCUCGACCACCCAUGCCCAGUGGUCUGCAGUCUGGAUCCAAAAUGAGAAUGGGGCCUGGAAGAAGAAGGGACUUCUCCCCUGUGCCCUGGAGUCAGUAUUUUGAAUCCAUGGAAGAUGUGGUGGUGGAAAGUGAAACUGGGAAAGACAGUUUUCGCAUUUACAAAAGUGGCUCGGAGGGACCAGUGCUGCUUUUGCUACAUGGAGGAGGGCACUCUGCCCUGUCCUGGGCUGUGUUUACGACGUCCAUUAUCAGCCGGAUUAAGUGCAGAAUUGUGGCACUAGACCAGAGAGGACAUGGCGAAACAAAAGUUCGGAACCCUGAAGAUCUUUCCGCAGAAACUAUGGCAAAGGACAUCGGGAAUGUGGUGGAAGUCUUAUACGGGGAUCUGCCCCCUCCUAUUAUGCUCAUUGGACACAGCAUGGGUGGUGCCAUCGCCGUACACACUGCAGCUGCUAAUCUUGUGCCAAGUUUGCUGGGACUCUGUAUGAUCGAUGUUGUAGAAGGCACAGCCAUGGAUGCACUAAAUAGUAUGCAGAACUUCCUCCGCAGCCGCCCCAAGACCUUCAAAUCACUGGAGAAUGCAAUAGAAUGGAGUGUGAAGAGCGGUCAGAUCAGGAAUCUGGACUCGGCCCGCGUCUCCAUGGCUGGACAAGUCAAGCAAUGUGAAGAAGACUCAAGUCCUGAGGGGCCCAAAGCUAUAGUGGAAGGUAUUAUCGAGGAAGAGGAGGAGGAUGAGGAAGAAAAUGGAGGCCAGUCCAUCAAUAAAAGGAAGAAGGAGGAUGAUACUGAGACCAAGAAGGAACGUCCUUAUACCUGGAGGAUCGAGCUGUCCAAAACGGAGAAAUACUGGGAAGGCUGGUUCCGGGGGCUCUCCAACCUCUUUCUCAGCUGUCCAAUCCCUAAACAACUUCUCCUGGCAGGAGUUGACAGACUGGAUAAAGACCUCACAAUAGGGCAAAUGCAGGGAAAGUUCCAGAUGCAGGUCCUCCCACAGUGUGGUCAUGCUGUACAUGAAGAUGCCCCGGAUAAAGUAAGAAAACAAAUACGAACGGCUAAUUAUUUUUGA